AUACAUAGACCCGACGAAAAACACUUAAUAUCAAGUUUGGUCUGGUGAAGUGAGGUGCAUCUGUAUUCAGUGCACCCUAUUGAUUUCUAUCUGCCACGUGGCAAGAGUAUAAAGACUCGGGCUCCGGGAAAAAAAAAACACACCGACUAUUUUCACCGAAUCGGAUGCUCCACGAGAUUUUGUUUAUUCAUUUGCGGACAUAACAUUACAUUCUUGGAUAUGCCUAUCAUGGCUUCCUCUCCCUUCUCUCUGCUUCUUCCACUUGGUUCUACUUGUGGUAAAAGUCUGUGUUUUACUCCUCCUCAAGGCAUUUCGGUUGAGAAACUUGGAAGAUUAGUUGUUAAAGUGAAGUCCUCAGAGACAAAGGAAUGCAGUGCUAUGUUUAACAGUAAUUCACGUAGAGAGUUUCUUUGGUUAGCUUUAGGAGUAUCUGGCCUCUUCAACCAUUCAUUGGAUGCCAAAGGAGCGGGUUUGCCCCCUGAGGAAAAGCCAAAACUAUGUGAUGACACUUGUGAGAAAGAGCUUGAAAAUGUGCCUAUGGUAACUACUGAAUCAGGUUUGCAAUACAAGGAUAUUAAGGUUGGGAAAGGCCCUAGUCCACCAGUUGGAUUUCAGGUUGCCGCUAAUUAUGUUGCAAUGGUUCCAUCUGGACAAAUAUUUGAUAGUUCAUUGGAGAAAGGUCAGCUUUACAUUUUUCGCGUUGGUUCUGGUCAGGUAAUAAAGGGACUUGAUGAAGGUAUUCUAAGCAUGAAAAUAGGAGGGAAGCGUCGACUGUACAUACCUGGAUCUUUGGCAUUCCCAAAAGGCCUUACUUCUGCUCCAGGAAGACCAAGGGUGGCUCCAAGCAGUCCAGUCAUAUUUGAUGUUAGUUUGGAAUAUAUCCCGGGGCUUGAAGUGGAUGACGAAUAAAAUUAGACUGUGCAUUCUAUCUAGAUUGUACGCAUUCAACCCUAAUUUUUAAUUAUAACUAUUUUAUACAAUUAUUAAUUCUUUUGAGAGAAAAAAAAAACUUAAAAUCUUAUAGCUAU